UCCUGGAUUUCCCGGAGGGGAGGGGCACGAAGGUUGGAGGUUGGCUCGCGUGGAAAAAUGGUGGCGCGCGAGGAGCUCCGCGUGGUUCGCUGCGGCGGGAGCUGGUUGAGUGAUUGUCGCGCGGUGUUUUCUGCAGAUUCGAAGUAUCUUCUAUGUGCUUCAGGUGACUACAUUAAAGUCUACAGUACGCUUACAGAAGAAUGUCUACAUAUCCUACAAGGUCACAGCAAUCUAGUGACAGGAAUACAGUUGAAUCCCCAAAAUCAUUUACAGCUUUAUUCAUGGUCUCUAGAUGGCACUAUUAAACUCUGGGAUUUUAUGGAUGGAAUUCUUAUCAAGACAUUUGUUGUUGGGUCUAAACUCUUUGCAUUUUACACUCUUGCAAGUUCAGAGAAUUCUGCAUUUAUCAUCAUUUCAGAGCAUGAAAAAUCAGAUGAGUUUCAGCUCAUGACAGUGAAGCUUCCAAAAACACCUGAUCAAGAAGUGGAAGCCAAUGACCUAGAAAUGGUUUUAGAUGGUGUAAGCCAGUCGCCCAAAUGCACUGCGUUUGGAAGAGAUGGUGAAUAUGUAGUAUCAGUUUGGAAGCUUCAUCUUGUUGUUUGUUUCUUCAAGAAGAAGAAGAGUUACAGCUUCUCUAUAGGUAAAAAUCUUAGGAAUGCUUCAACCAGCCAUUUCACCUGUAUAGCCUGUCACCCAAAGGAAGACUGCAUAGCAAGUGGACACAAAGAUGGCAAAAUUCGUCUUUGGAGAAAUUUUAAUCAUAAGCGAGAAUAUACGUUUUCCACAAUGCACUGGCAUCACAAUGAAGUUAUCGAUCUUGCUUUCUCUGUAGAAGGCACUAGCCUCCUGAGUGGUGGGAUUGAAUCGGUGCUGGUUCAGUGGCGAGAUGGGUCAGAUGCUAAAAAGGAAUUCUUGCCUCGUUUAGGAGCCACGAUACAGCAUAUCUCUGUCUCGCCUGAUGGAACUCUUCUUUGUACUUCACAUUCCGAUAACAAGAUAGUAAUCAUACAUAGCAACUUGAAAGUUUCUGCAGUAAUCCAAGGAUUAAUCAAAGGCAGCGAUGUCAAGACUGGCUUGAUAGUUGAUCCAAGAACGAAAGCUUUAGUUCUAAAUGGCAAACCUGGACACCUGCAGUUCUAUUCACUGCAAAAUGACAAACUAUUGUACAAUGCUGGAAAAAUGUAUUUUAUAAAAUAUUCAACAAGGCAGGGAAGUGGCUGCGAGCUUCAGAUGCAGCUGAAACUCUGGGCCUAUAAUGAACAGACACAAAGCUUUACUCUAAACACACGAAUAAAUGCACCACAUGAGGACUGCAUAACAGCAAUGUGUUUCCGUGGCACAGAAAAUUCUGAAAAUGUAAGCCCAACUCUGGUAACAACUAGCAGGGAUGGGCACUUCAAGGUCUGGAUGCUACUGGUGGAUAAAGACAGUGAAACAGAUGAAAGCAUAACUUGGACCUGUGAUUUUGUAGGAAGUUAUCAUAAUUAUCAAGCUACAAAUUGCUGCUUCUGUGAAGAUGGCUCUUUACUUGCUGUUAGCUUUGACAAAACAAUCACCGUGUGGGAUUCUGAAACAUGGGAUUUAAAAUGCACUUUCUGCCAUCCUCCAGGAACUAUAAUGAGCCUGUGCUUUGGGAGGCUUAUUUGUUCCAAAUAUCUCCUUGGCACCACCAGCAGUGGCUUUUUGUGCUGCUGGAACUUGCUGAAUUGUUCAUUGGAAUGGAGUGCCCAGUUACAUGUCAACAUUCUUCAGCCUGAUCAUCUGUCUGAGAACAUUGCUGCAAUUUCUCAGCACUCAGAAUAUUCAGAUGUGUUUGUGUUCAGGCCCAGCGAACCACGGCCCUUGUGUAUCCAAAGAAAUGUCUGCAAAGGGAAAGUCCAGUGGGCUGUCUUUGUUCCAAGAGAUGUGCCUGAAUAUAUUGCCUCCGAAAAAUAUCAGUGGCUUAGCCAAUCGCAGUUUUAUUUUCUGACUGAAACACACGAAUUAAUGACGUUUAGCACAAAGACCCCAGAGGAGAGACUUACGCCUUCCAGUAGACAGUUAGCAGUUGAGGAGAGCAUCUCCAUGACUCCUUUUUACCUGUUACUGGGGAAGCAUCGGCAGCAAACGAAAGAGGGAAUGGAUACUGGGAAGGCUCCUGUGCAGAAUCUGUUAGGUCAAGAAUCACCAGCUGUUAAAGAACUGCUUCAUACUCCAGCACAUGUAUUACCUUCAGCUUCUUUCCUAUGUCCUCUUUUUAUUCACUCUUUGCUGGUGCCUAGAACAAGCACUAAUGAAAUUGCUGAGGAAGUUGAAAUGUUAAGUGACAGUGAAGAGAAGGAAUCUGAAGAGGAAUCUGAAGAUAUUGAAAUUCGCCCAGAAGCUUCACAGACAACAGAGUGCUUUGGGGAGGGUGCAUCUAAAUUAUCAAAACUUCAGGAAAGAGAACUUCGUAAAUUAAGGAAAUUGGACUACAGCUGGGCCUCGGGACUCUGAACAUGUGACAUUGCGGACUUUCUUUUUUUUACAUAUUUCUUCCAGUAAUUUAAUAAAGUUCCAAAUGAAGUUAGCUUUCUUUGUUA